AGCCGAAACAGUUUUUAGCAGUCACCAGGUCUGGGCAGAAGGAAAGCAUCAAGCAUUAACUUGCAGACUGCUGAAAGGAUCUAUUACGUUAGAGGGAGGGAAAAAAAAAAAUCAGGAGGAAGGCAGAGUGUGGCCAGACUGCUGCUUGACAGGAUACAGAUCUUCGAGCCCUGAGGACUGAGGACAGAGCCGUCAAAAUGAGCAGCGCUCCAGGGGCAGCCAAGAAGAAGGAAAUUAAGGCAAAGGCAGGAAAGAAGGAGGUAGCCAAGGCAGAACCCAAGAAGGAGGUAGCCAAGGCGGAAGAACCCAAGAAGGAGGUAGCCAAGGCAGAAGAACCCAAGAAGGAGGAAGCCAAGGCAGAAGAACCCAAGGAGGAGGUAGCCAAGGCAGAGGAGGCCAAAGCCGAGGAGGGCAAACCUGAGGAGGGCAAACCAGAAGAAGCUAAAAAAGAUGAAGGAGAGCAGCACGGGAAGAAGGCGAAGAAGUCAAAAGAACCUGAAGCAGCUCCGACAGGCAUCAGGAAGCGGUCCAAAGUGCCUGGUGUCAUGAUAACGCAAUUCAUGGAGGAUCUUCCUGAAGGAAUGUCAACUCCAGAUUUUACCCGCAAACCUAUUGCUCUGACUAUUCAAGAGGGUAAAUAUGGAGCUUUCAAAGCCAUAGUAACAGGCACUCCAGCACCCACUGUGACAUGGAGCAGAGCCAACGGAGACAUCUUUUUUCACCCUGAAGUGUGUCUGCAGAAAUAUAACGAGUCGUCCCACGAACACACCCUCGAGUUUCCUAAGGUGAACCCAGAGGACGCAGACACCUACAAGUGCUAUGCGACAAACAAAUAUGGAAAAGCUGUGUGCACUGUGGUCUUGAACGUCAUCAAUGUUGGGUUUUCAACGACCAAGGAACUGCAAAGGAUGCAAGGGAAAGAUAUAACUGAUCUCAGAAAAGGCCUGAAGAAACAUAAUCCUGAUGGAACACGUGAGGAAAAGCAAAUGGAGCCUGAGGAGAAGGUGUGGGAACUUCUGCUCAGCGCCGACAAGAGAGACUAUGAACGGAUCUGUGCCGAAUACGGAAUCACAGACUUUAGGGGGAUGUUGAAGAAGCUGAAUGAAAUGAGGAGAGAAAGAGAGGAGCAGAUUGCAGAGUUUGUGUCACAGAUAAGUACUCUUAAACACAUCGAGGUCAGCAAUGACGACUGUGCAACCAUUGAGUUGGACAUGGACCUCAGAGAUCCCAACAGUAAGAUCUAUCUGUACAAGAAUGGUGUCAUGGUUCCAUUUUCCAUUGAGGACAGUGAGAGCAUGAAGCACAACCUGAAACAAGUUGGCAAGAAAUAUAUUUUCACAAUCAAAAACCUGGGUUUAGAGGAUGCAGGACUCUACUCAGUGGAUGUGGAGGGUGUUAAUGUGUUUUCUACAGACUUUAAAGUUCCUGAGGUCGACUUUGCUGUUAAAAUUCAAGAGGUUAAGGCAGAAGAACGAGAGGACGCCCUCUUUCAGUGUGUCUUAACGGCACCCAUGACUGAAGUCAAAUGGUUUGGAAAAAACGCCCCACUGUCAAAUAGUGACAAACACGAAAUCAUUGUAUCUGAAGAUAAGCUCAUCCACAAGCUGAUCAUUCGAGACUGUUUGCCAUUGGAUGCUGGUAUUUAUGCCACUGUGGCAGGAAUAAAAUCAUGCAACGCUUGGCUAGUUGUUGAAGCUGACAGAGAUACAGCCAACAAGGGAAGAAAAGCGGCUCGCAAAACCACAAUGGCUGGAGGUGGUAAUGAUGAAGACCUGAUGACAAUAGCAAAGGAACAGCAAGACAAAUAUCAGAAGGAAAUGCAGGAAAAAAUGGAGAGAGCUAAAAAGUUACAAGAAGAGAGAGAGGCUGCAGAGGCAGCGGCUCGUGAAGAGGCAGAACUGGCGAAGAAGGCAGCGGCUGAGGAGAAGGCUCUGGCCCAGGCUGCUGCCAGGUCCAAAAAAACAGCAGCUGGACAGAAUGGGGCUGUGAGGAAAACCGAAACAAAAGAUGGUUCUGCUGGAGACGGAGCUGAAGGAGCUGCUGGUGCUGGCAGGGACGGUGGAAUAGGAGGAAGAGUGGGCGGUGGGGCUGGGGGAACAAAGAGUGGAGGUGGAACACAGGGUGUUGGUGGAGUUAGAGCUGCAGGACAGGUUGGAGAUGGACAAGGACGAGGAGUGGGACCACAAGGUGGACCAGGUGUUAGAGGCUUGGAGGAUCAAGCAGCAACACAAGAUGUAGGAGUUAGACGAAGAGCAGCAGAAGGAGUUGGAGGUCAGGCUGGCGGAGCUGCUGGAGGAGUAGAAGGUCAGGCAGGUGGAUUUUCUGCAGAAGUAGGAGGUCAAGCUGGAGGAAUGGCUGAAGGAGUGGGAGGCCAACCUGGAGGAAUGGCUGGAGGACUUGAAAUUCAACCUGGUGGAAUGGCUGGAAGAGUUGAAGGCCGACCUGGAGGAACUGCAGGAGGAGUUGGAGAUAAUCCUGUAGGAAUGGCUAAUGGAGGAGAAGGACAAACUAGAAAUGCAGGAGAUCAAACUGAAGAAGUUGCUGGUGGAGUGAAUGGUCAAGCCGGAGGAGUAGGAAGUGGGGCUAGAGGAGAAGCUGAUAGGUGUGGGACAGCAGGAGUCUCUGGAGCUGAUGCAGUAGUGGGAGUAGGUACUAGAGCUGGUGAAGGUGGAGAUACAGCAGGAGCAUUUAGUAGAGUUGUUGGUGGAGCAAGUGCUGCUCGCCAAGGAGGAGUCGAUGGAAAGGAUGGAGAUUAUGACUCAUGGGAUGAUGAAGAAUAUGAAGGAGGGGAAGAAGAAGAAGGAGAGAAAAGGGCAGGACAAAAACAUGGAAAACUUGCUAAAGAAGGUCAACUUCCUCAACAUACAGGAAAUGAUAAUAUCAAUGAAGAACUUACGAGUGAACAAGGAGAGGAAUCUGGAAAAAAAAGAAACCGUGUGAAAAAGAAAAAAUUGCUCCCUGACGAACCAGCUGUUGACCCAGGAGUCCACAUUCAGGCUGCGCUUUCUGACUGCAAGGCCAUCAUUGGAGAAGCAGCAGAGCUGGAGUGUAAAGUAAGCAAAGAUGACUGCAAGGGAAAAUGGUACAAAGAUGGAGCGGAGAUUAAUUCCAGUGAGGAUAUUAAAAUUUCAAAGGCGGGAAGUUUCAACAGACUGAAAAUUCUCAAGAUGGUCAUUGUUGAAGAUCCACCCAGAUGUGACGCCGAGGAAGUGGCAGGCUUUAAAACUCCCAUAACUGUGAAGAAAGGACAUAAAGCUACCUUCAAAUUACAUUACACGGGACGAGAACCCAUUAAAGUUCAGUGGUACCUUGAGGGUGAAGAGCUUUCAGAGGACUCAAAUAUCAAGAUAGAGAACACAGAGGGGUGCAGUCGUCUGCUUCUGUUCAAGCUGCAGCGCAAAGACAGCGGUGAAGUCAAGAUAAAAUUCAAAAACGACUUUGGAACUGUGGAGGCCUUCAGCCAGCUCAUUGUUCUGGAUAAACCUACUCCUCCUCUGGGACCUCUGGAGAUCGUUGAAGCCUCCUCUAGUACAGUGGAAUUCAAGUGGAGACCACCGAAGGACAGUGGUGGCUGCAAGAUUGAUAAUUAUUUGCUUGAACGACAGCAGAUCGGCCGCAACACCUGGAAGAAGGUUGGCCCGAUUGGUCCGGUGACGAAAUAUAAAGACAGCGACGUAGACCACGGCAAAAGGUACUGUUAUCGCAUCAGAGUGGAGACCGAGAUGGGCACCAGUGAAAUGAUGGAGACCGAGGAUAUACAAGCUGGGACUAAAGCCUACCCUGGUCCUCCAUCAGCACCAAAGAUUGUCAGUGCAUCCAAGGAGUGCAUCACCGUCUCCUGGCUCCCCCCUUCUGACACUGGAGGAACUGAAAUUCUGGGAUACAACCUUGAGAAACGCAAGAAGGGCAGCAACUUGUGGAGUCAAGUCAAUCCACCCAAUGAGAUGAUCAGAGCUAAGACAUUUGCCGUUAAAGACGUGAUUGACGGGAUGGUUUAUGAAUUCCGUGUGUCAGCCAUCAACAACUCCGGAGCUGGAGAACCCAGUACUCCAUCUGAACAUGUCUACGCCAGGGACCCUAAGAAGCCUCCAGGAAAAGUCCUGGAUUUGAAAGUGACAGAUUCCACCUCCCUUUCCUGGAACAAACCCAAGGUGAUUUACGGGGUUGAAGAUGAAACCAAGGGAUAUUUCGUGGAAGUCAGACCUGCAGAAAACACAGUGUGGGAUCGCUGCAAUAACAAUGCAAUCACCAUGAACUGCUACACAGUGAAGGGCCUGAAGUCACUGGGCAUGUACUGGGUGAGAGUGCUGGCUACUAAUGAUGGAGGAGACGGGCCGCCUCAGGAGCUCGAUAAUUACAUCCUGGUGAUGCCGCCCCCUGUGAGGCCCAGAUUUACAGAUGCAAAAAUCAAGAGUUUCAUGGUGGUGAGAGCAGGACACUCUGCACGCUUCAACAUUAACUUUGAGGCCUCCCCCUGGCCUGAAGUCAUCUGGCUGAAAGACGGAUCACCUGUGUCUAAAAAGGUGACCAUCAGUAACGCAGAGGGCACUUCCCAGCUUCUGCUUGCUUCUGCUGAGCGCACAGACACAGGCAUCUACACAAUCAUCGUAAAGAACAUUGUGGGUCAGGAUACAUUCAGUGUUGAAAUAAGGGUCACAGAUGAGCCCAAGCCACCAGGUUCACUGGACCUUGACGAAAAUGUGCCCGGAACAGUGACCCUUUCAUGGGCACCAUCUCCAGAUGAGAAGCGUGAUGACAGGCUCCACUACAUGGUGACCAAACGGGACUCGGUCAAAAGAGCAUGGCACACCAUUGGAGAUCGCAUUUUCAACAACCGGUUCACUGUCUGCAACAUCAUGCCAGGUCGUGAAUACAAGUUCAGGGUCUAUGCCAAGAACGACAUGGGCUGCUCCAAACCAGUGGAAUCACCAAAAUGGCUGAUUACUGCCAAAAAAGAAAAGUUCACUGUCAAGGUGGCGGAAGCCAAGAGCUGUGACCUGCAGUGUCCUCCAAAGUUCCUGGUGCCACUCAAACUGCACACGGCUCCUGAGGGCUACGAGUGCUACAUGAGCUGCGCUGUAAAAGGAGACCCCACGCCUCACGUGACAUGGCUGCGCAACAAUAUCAGUCUGAAUACCAACACCAAUUAUUACAUCUCCAACACCUACGGAGUGUGCUCCAUGCUCAUACUCAGGGUCGGCUCCAAGGACACCGGGGAGUAUAAGGUGGUGGCGGAGAACUCCAUGGGGAGAGCAGAGUGUUCUACUAAACUGACAGUCAGAGAAUAAAUCACCAAACUGGAGAAGAAACGACUUCAAUGCUAAACACUGACUUUGAUUUGUGCAACACAGUAGGUUAACAAACAGCAACUUAUUUCCACUGUGCAAAAAAGUUGAAUAUGUGUUUUAUUUAAUCAGUAAAAUUCAGCAUGAUGGAAAGAAAUACACUUGUUUCAAUAGAACAUAAAAAUAAAUGAUAUAUUGAAUUAUGUAUUGACAGUGGUAGUAGUAGUGACUUACUGGAGCUAUUGUGGCUCCGCCCACAUACUUUAAGUCACUGAUCUUUUCAUGUGGACCCUGACGGCAGUGCAUUUAUAAUUUUCCCUGAUUGUGGAACUUCCCUUUCACCAAAAUUAAAGAAACAUUAUUGAAAUCAAAGUGCUAUAUUUUAUCACACAAUGUGUGCCAUUUUAAAUAAAUGAAUUACAUUUCU